AUGGGAUGGUUCAGGAAAUUGUGGAACUGCAAUUACAUGAAAGGCUGCGAGAACCUGCCGACCUUGAACCCGGUCGGUGGCCAAGGUUGCAUGGUGGAUGACCUGGGGGGCCUCAAAGCCUACAUCGCCGGCCCAUCAGACUCCAAACUCGCCAUUCUCCUUGUCUCCGAUGUCUUUGGAUAUGAAGUACCAAAUUUGAGGUGUGUAUCAGACAAAGUCACAGCUGCUGGAUUCUUUGGUAUAGUUCCUGAUUUUCUUUAUGGAGAUCCAUACGUACCAUAUCAGAAGCCUAUAAAGACAUGGAUUGAAAGUCAUGGGCCAGAUAAAGUAUUUGAAGAUGCAAAAUUGGUAAUUGAGGCUUUGAAAAACAAAGGUGUGUCUGCAAUAGGGGCUGCUGGAUUUUGCUGGGGUGCCAAGGUAGUUGCAGAAUUAGCAAAGUCUGAUAACAUUAAAUCUGCAGUUAUGCUACAUCUCUCAUUUGUGACUGUUGAUGACAUCAAAGAGGUUAAAUGCCACAUUGCUAUACUUGGAGCUGAGAUUGACGAGUCCUCUCCACCUGAACUGUUGAAACAGUUUGAGGAGAUUUUGUCCCCCAAAUCUGAGGUAGGAAAAUUCUUGAAAGACUUGUCAUGUCAUUCAUUUUGUAUGUUAUUUGGUGAUCCAUGA